AUGUCUGAUAACGGAUCGCCCCCGAAGCCAGAAGGCCCUGCUCAGACCGAGCAUCUCAAUAUCAAAGUUACGGAUAACAACAAUGAGGUCUUCUUCAAGAUUAAGCGCACUACCCAACUCAAAAAACUUAUGGAAGCGUUCUGCGAUCGUCAAGGCAAAUCGCCACAGAGUGUGCGUUUCCUUUACGACGGUCAGCGUGUGCAGGGUACCGACGAUCCAGAGACUCUUGAUAUGCAAGACGGCGAUACUCUUGAGGUGCAUCAGGAGCAAAUCGGAGGUUGA